AAACCGCGUUUUAUUUGAUCACAUUGAAAGCGUUGCUUUGCGUUGCAUUUAUGUUCGCUAUAUCAGUGUUACCUCUGUUAAGAAAAAAGUGUUAAAAUCAAACAGAAACUUAACAUUCGUGGAAAUAAUGAAUUAUUGAAUCCAAGUAAUUGUUUAAGUGACAAAAUGUUGCUAAGUAAACGGUAUUUAAAAAAAAAAAAAACAAUUCAUUUCGAUAAAACAUGUUCGUAAGUAUAAUGUUUGUUCGAAGUCCACUUUAAAUUAUAGAUAUAACUACAUUGGCCACUUUUUGCAAAAAGUGCAAAAGUAAAAAUAUUUUUCUCUUACUAGCUCCACCCACCGUUUUUUCGCGUGCAAAAAGUGCAUAAAUUGCUUUAAAACUUAAAAUGAAAGGUUUUCAACACAUUUUUUAAGUUUUAAUAAGUUUCAUUAAAAUAAAUAUACAUAUAUUAAUUCCAAAGGUAUAUUUUAAGAAAAGUUUCAUUACAUUUUAAAAAUUUCUACACGGCAACACUUUUUUUCAAACUCAUCGGUCAUCGCAUCAAUUCUAUCGCACAUGCGCAGUAAGUGUGUGUGUCGAACGAAAACGGUAAAAUUGUUGCGUUGAGUUUUCAGUCUGGCUGGUUCUUGGAUAAAGUAAGGAAGCAAAAGCAAGUUAGUUCGUGUUGGAUACAUUUUGAUAUAAAGGUGGUGAGUACCUAUUUUAUUAUUUAAAGUUUGCAUAGUUAUUAUUUGUGUUUUUAUGAUCAAUAUAAGCAUAAUUACUGUCUAAAAACAUAAUUUUCUUAUGAUUACAGCCAAAGAUCAAUUUUAAAUCGAAGUCCACAUUAAAUUAAAUAUAUAUUAAUUCCAAAGGCUGGCUCUGGGAUAAAUUAAGGAAGCAAAAGCAAAUAACUUUGUAUUGGAUACAUUUUGAUUGUUGAGAAAAUGAUUCUUUUCAUUACUGCUGUAUAUAAAGGGUUAUCAUCAAUAAUAAAAGUCCAAGGACAAUCUAGUUUAUUAACAUACUUAGAGUUGGCCAAAGCUGUCAAAGAUCAAUUUAAAAUCAUCGGAAAUAUUAAAUUUUACGAUGCAAAAGCUAACGUUUUUAUUUGUGAUGAGGACGUAGUUGAGUAUGCAAUCCAGUUUAAAUCUUCUCCAAGCUGGACCUUAGGAGUGCUAGACGAUGGCGUUCUUGAAAUUCCAGGUUCCCAAGGAAGUUCCCUAUCAAUACGUGACAGUGAUACUACUGUAGCAAAUUCAUCUUCUAUAAGUGACAUUAGUGUAACACCAUCGCCACCACCGAAACAUCCUUCAGAAAUAAUACUUCAAGAAUAAGUGACGUGCAAGAAUACGUUAUAACUAAAAUCAAUGCUCAGGUAAAAACAUUGAAAUAACUAACUGAAUUUUUCAUUUUACAAAAUAUAUAGGGGCCCUUCUAUGUAACUCUGUUCUACUUUCGGAUCUGCUAAGAAUCUACUUUCGAUUUAACUUUUUGUCUGACUACAUAAAGUAUCUGAAUCUUGCGAAUAGAUAAUAUUAAAAAAUUUUACAUCACUAAAUUUAUUCAAUUUUCGUUUUCUACGGAAUCACGGAGAUACCAUUUUACAAAUUUGAACACUUAUUGUAGAAUCGAAUUACAUAGUUGGGCCCCCGGACAUAAAUACUUUAAAAAUAUUCUUUUUUAUUAAAAUACAUUCCAGUCCCACUACUUAAAUUCUUUAAAAUUAUACUUUUUAUUAAAAUACAUCCCGCCAUACGUUUUUUAAAGAGUUAAAAUUCUGUUCAGUAAUAAAUUUAAUUCAGUCUGUCUAAUUUUUUAUUAAAAUACAUCCCAAAUACAAGUCAAAAUUUAAAUUUAAUUAUACUUUACAUAUCAUCGGUUGACAACCAAAACUCAUUAUCUGCAAUGUAAUUUGUAUGCAGUUAACGAGUUUUGGUUGUCAACCAACGAUAUAUUCUUUUGCAUUUAUCUUUACCUUUUUGCGCUCUCUUAUUUUUGUGACUAAAACAGUACCUAAUAUCACUUUGACUUAGGUGCAUUUAACAUACAUAUAAUAAAUAUUUAAUGUGUAAAUAUUAAAAUUAAAUGAUAGUUUGUUACUAACUUGUUGAAAUGGUGUAUUGAGCUGUUGCAAGAAUUUUAAAAUUUUAGAAGUCAAAUUAAUUAUACAUAAUUAUCUCAAGCACAACUAAGCCCAAUCAAAUUAAUUAGGGAGCAGAAAGGAAACGACAAAUGCAGAAGUGCAGUCUCAGUAAAAAAAAAACCUUAUAUCCAGGAUAACAUUUCGAUCUAAAAAUUUGUAAAGCCUUUGAAGUUGAUUAAAUUGAUUCAUUAUAAUUUAAGUAGCGGUUUACAUAUCUGAUAAU